AAAGAGGGGGAAAACAGAGAGGGGGAAGAGGGGAGGCGGUAGAGACAGAGAGUGAGACAGACAGAGAGCAAGGGAUAUAGAUGGAGAAGGAGAGAUGAAUGCAGAAACUUAUAUCCAGUUAUUCGUCAAGUUGUAAAAAAUCGGCAUUCGGAACGAUACGCACUUACUAAUCUUUUUUCUUCAUUAAAAGUUAUGAAAAUUUAUUUCUUAUUUUUGCACACUUUAGCAUGAUAUUUACAUUGGAUGGGAUAUGAUGAUAAAGACAAUGAUUCAUGCAUUCUUGAGGAUCCCUUCGUUGAAUGAACCCCUACCGUUGAAUGGGCACUUCCUGUUCGCAGGAGAGAAAGAAACCAAUUCGUCACCCAACAAAACUUUUUUCCCCAACUCGCAAAUUUGGACGCAUUACAUUACCCGAUUCAUGGUGGAAAAGAACAAUAUUUUGAACAUAAAAUAGGAUACUUUCUUCAAGAAAAGCGGAGAACAGAGACGGUUAAUCCGUCUAACGUAGUUCAGUUGUUAUCGUGAAAGAGGAGAAGGACCAAAAUGUGGAAUUUACUGGUUUUAUCAGCUGUACUUCUUCAGUAUAUUGGAUUCGCGACACCCCAACAGGCUCCCUAUUUGCCUGCAAACGCACCAACAUUCAAUCUUGGAUCACCAGACACGAGAGGAACCAAGUUCAUGUUCGCAGUACCAAGUAACUUCAAUAUUCCUUCGAAGGUGACUCUUAUGAUCGGGUCUUCAAACCCUGGCAUAGCUCGUGUCAUGGUCAACAUACCUGGCUUCAAGUUCCGAAGAGAGAUCACCUUGACUCAACGGCAGAUGAAGACAAUUAGUAUUCCAGGUAACGUAGCAGCUAACGGAGGUGGUCCUCAAAAUGGGACUAUUGUCGUCACGUCAAAUCUUGAGAUCACAGUCCAUGCUGCGAACAUCAUGCCAAAGACCAACGACGGCUUUGUGGCGAUUCCCACCGAUGCCGUUGGAAAGGAAUACGUGAUCGCUUCGUACGACAUCGUUACUGGUCAGUGGUCAGUGUUUACGAUAACAGGGACCCAGCAGGGUACGAGGAUCCAGGUGGUUCCUUCACAAAGGAUUCUGCAUGCUCGGCAGUGGUACAAUGCUGGGCAAAUUAUCAACGUCCAGCUUAGCGAAGCCCAGUCGGUACAGUUUAGAUGUCCCGAUGAUCUGACUGGAACUUACAUCACUGCGGACAAACCUGUGGCUGUAGUCUCUGGUGCCACAUGUACCCGUGUUCCCAGGAGCAUGCAGAGGUGUGAUCAUUUGGUCGAGAUGUUGCCUCCGAUUUCGACCCUUGGUACCCGUUUCUCAGUGUUACCCCUUCUCAACAGGACUGGAUAUGUCUUCCGUAUGAUCGCAGCACGUCCUAAUACCAAAGUCCACCUUGCGGGAACGAUCUAUACUCUCGGUCAGAGAGGUUCCUUCAGAGAGUUCAACCAAGAUGCUCAGCUUCCGGUCACAAUCACAUCAAACCGUCCCCUUUUAGUGAUGCAAUAUGGAAAAGGAAUGGAUAUAAAUUUCUGGGGUGAUCCUUUCAUGAGCAUCGUGCCACCUGUAGAGCAGUAUAUGGAAGGAAUGACUACAUUUGGACCUUUGGCGCAGUCUGGACAAGACAUGUUUUUUAACUUUUUAUCAGUGUCCGUGACUUCUGCAGAUCUGUAUACAAUAAGUUUGAACAACGUUCUUAUCAUGAACACAGAAUUAAAUCUUCCCGAAAUGGAAGAGACAAUAAGGUAUACAGCAGAUCGAAACAUGAAGAUUCAGAAUGUUCCUCACACGUUACACAACCCCUCUGUAAUGUCACGUUUCACCGCUAUUUGUCAUGGUGUAUCUCAAGGCUCUGGGUAUGGAUACCCGAUCGGUUUCAACCUCAGAACAUUGCUGUGUUCAAGAACAGACCCAAUGACAGGAUUAAUCGAGGAAUUCCAGUGUCCUCCACCCAUUCCUCCCAUCCAACCGGGUCUUAUACCUAGUACCAUACCAGGUAUGGGAGGUAACCAACCGAUCCGACCGGGAAUAGGAAUGAACCCCGGUAUGGGUGGCUUCGGUGUAGGAAUGGGUAUGUUCCCUGGAUUCCCGGCAGGGGGGCAACCGGGUGCCUUCCUACCAGGGAACUUCUUCACCGGGGGUAAAGCCCUUCCCCCCAACAUACCAAUCAUACCCGGGUUACCCAUCGACCCUAACGCUGGGGCAGCCCAGACUCAACCAGGUUUUAACAACAAUCCUCUGAAUCCCGUGAGUCCCAACAACCCAUUCGCCAACCCUGGACAACCGUUUGUUCCGAUGUUACCCUUCAACCCUAUGGGACCCGGAAUGAUUCCACCGCCUGAAAAUUGUUACACCUUAGGUCUUCUGAUCCUGGCAGCUGUUGCCCCGGUCACAGUAGUCUUCAUUGUAAUGUUGGUUAUACUCCUGGCUAUCGUCUACAGGUUCAAGAGGAAACACUGAUCUAUACCGCAGCCGACUAUGAUACUAAAAUGACAGAGAAAAAACCACUAAUCUCAACACAAUAUCAGAUGCCAUGGAAUUUUAUCACGGGACCAAAAUGUUUGAUUUAUCGAGAUUGUCUGGAAUAUUAUUUAAUUUUCCUUAUUAUAUUACAGAAUCGAUUUGAAUAAAUACAUACAUAUUUUUGUGAUCAUGAUGAUGAUGAUAAAAUACACAUUUUUAAAUAAUAAAAUCUGCUUAUAUAUCAGGCAAAGUUCCUUAACGCAUUUGUUGGUUUACCCUUUGCCUCGAUUUAUGGUUAGCUUGACUCAUGCCAUAUUGUUGCUGAGUCCCUGGUGCUUUCUUCACCAACUGUUCUGCAGUAUAAAAAAAGGUGUGUUUUUGCAAUGAAAGAUGAUAAAACUGUACGAAUAUAUAUAGAAUUUCACUGAAUUUUAUGAUACAAUAUAUCAUUGAUCCUAAAUGAUUAAGAUGAAUCCUGACAUUCCAUAUCAGUGUGGAAUAAGUCUGGACUUAUAACCAAGUUCGCCCAGGAGAUAACCACCCUUUGGGUUUACAAGUUUACCACAAAACGAUGCUCGGAAAUGUAGAACCAAUUCUUAUAUACUUGAAAUAUGAGAAAAAUGAAUUGGUAUUAUUACAGAACUGGGACAAGAGAUUGUAAGAGUUUGUAACAUGUUCGAUAUGCUUAUGGUUUGAAGAAAAUGAAUUUAAUUGUAAAAAAGUAACUUUCAGUGCAAAGAGAGUAUGCGCGUGCUUGUGAAAGUUUAAGAAUGUGAUUUCUUUUGUUGUUGCGAUAUUAUGCAAUCAUUCUAUAGAUCUUGAUAUUAAGAUUUAAGUAAAUAAUUUAUUUUGAAAAUGGACAAUGACAUCUGAUGGAAACCCAAUCAUGUCAAAGAACUUGCCACUUUAGAAAACUAGAUGAUUUAUGUCGUCCUUUAGGACGGAUAUGUUAUUGCUAAAUCUCUUAUUUUGAAAAUGAUGUAAACUAUUCAGUGAAUUAUCAUUUUCUGAAUAGUUUACAUGAGAAUGUCAAUGUGUGAAACAUAUUUUAUGAAGCUUUGCAAUUUUAUUGAAUUAUAUUUGAACAAUGCCAAAUGAAAGAUGCAUAUUUCUGUGUAUUUAGUAACCAUAAGUUAUUCUAGAAUAAUUAAUGAGAUUGGUUCAUCCAGUUUUUCUUUGACAGAAAAAAAUCUUUCUUGCAAAUAGUUUUGUAAAAAUACAAGUAUGUAAAUGUAUGACUACUUUUGUGUGCAAUAUAUUAAAAAAGAAAAAUGAAUGUUCUGUAUUUUUUUGAAAGGUCAAUUUGCUUCCUUUAGUUUCCUCAUACCCGCGAGAUGAAUAUGCACAUCAUUGUGACGUCAAAGUCCAUGAAAACGAUGAUAACCAAGGGGGUAAUAGGAAAAGUCAUUCAGAUCGAGUGAUAAUAUUCAUCACGUUUUGAUUAUUCUCUUUAACUCUUAACCUCCUGCUAACAUUCCAGAUUCAAUCAAUCAAUAUGUUUUUAACAUAAGCCGUUCAUAAGAAAUUGCCCCGCUGCUUGAGUAUUGUACCCCACCCCGAAAUAUUUAAUCCUAUUUAAUUCAUAGCAAAAAGUAAUAUAACAAAACAUUACCCGAAAUAUGAAGAAGAUCUUUUGAAUGAACUUUUUAAUUUAGAGCAAAAAAUGAUAUAAAAAAAUCAUAACCCAAAAAAUGAAGAAGAUCUUUUGAUUGAGCCUUUUAAUUUAUAGCAAAAAAUAAUAUUAAAACAUAUAACCCGAAAUAUGAACAAGAUCUUUUGAUUGAACUUUUUUUGUACUAAAAAAAAUCCUCGUGAUCAGCUUGGUUGCUUUGAUCUCUCGUUUCCAAAUUUUAGCAAAUUUUCCCGAUUCUUAAUCCAAUAUGAAGUAUCCCUUUCCGCUGACUCGGCAUUCGUCCUAUUUCGGAAUUACUGUAUUUUGCCAAUAUUAAAAUAAUUUAUAUAACGUUUGAAUCAUAUCAAAAUUGAAAUCUUAUACUUCGUUUAAACUUUCUCUAAUAUUGAUGACAAUUUAUUUAAUGCUGCAUAUUACGUGUAUGUUCCCUUUUUUAAGAAAUCUUUUUAUACGCAGAUAUGCAAAUAUGCAAAUAUGCAUUGAUCUUAUUAGUACUAAAAUUAGAUAACCCCCUAUUUCGGUACAAAAAAUAUUUCGAAAGUACCUUUUUAAGGUACCCGAUUAAGCUUGUCAUUUAGAAUAAACCUUGACCCUGAAUUUCUCGAAUCAUUACAGUUAUCAUACCUCAAUAGUGGCAUUGAUAUAUUUUUGAAAAGUUCGGAGAGUAAUUGAAGGUUUUAAUAUAUAGGCUCUGCUGCUUGGCUGUGUCAUAAUCCCGUAGACGAUAUAUGGUGUUGCCCUCGAAGAAUAAUCUAUAUGCAUAAACACAUGUCUGCAAGGACAAAGUGAUACAUCGGAUGAGGAUGAUUCUCAACACGGCCUCCAAAGAUUUCAAACAUGGAACAUUUUAUUAAAGGAAUGCACAUCUUUCAUUUCUCUGACUAUUUUAACAUGAAAAAUAUAGACUCAAAUUGUAAAUGAUUUCUAUUGAGAACAAAAAUAUAUGCACCCGUUUAACCCAAGUUCAUAACAAUAAUGAAAACCAAUAUUUAAAGAAAUUUCUCUUUAGAAUAUGAGGUGAAGAUGAAAAACAAUUACAAAGAUGAAUUGCAAUAUC